AUGAAAUUUAUGAUUGUUGGUCAGGGUGGGCGUGAAAGUUCGUUUGCUAAAAAGCUAGCUGAGGAUAGCGUUGUCUAUGCUGCUUUUGGUCAUAAAAAUCCAACGAUUGUUGAUAUUGUUGAUGAGACAGGAGGUCGUUACAUUACGGUCGACAUCAAAGAUGGCCAUAAACUCGCGGACUUUGCUCAAGAGGAAGCUAUCGAUUAUGUAUUUGUCAACUGCGACGAUCCACUAGCAGCAGGUAUUGUUGAUAUUUUAUUAGAUCGAGGUAUCAAAGCAAUUGGGCCGACAAAGGCAGGAGCACGAAUUGAAUGGGACAAGAUAUUUUCGAUCCAGCUGAUAGAUCGCUUAUUACCACAAUACACACCCGUAUUUAAAGUUAUUUCUACGCAAUCAGAUAUUGACGAGGCAAUACAAGAGUUUGCUGAAUCAAAGUUAGAAAUCGUUGUUAAACCGCAAGGUCUAACAGGUGGUAAAGGCGUAAAAGUGAUGGGUAAACACCUACAUAGCCAAGAGGAUGUCAAAGCAUACAUUAUCGAAUUGCUAGAAAAGAAACCUGGUGAACAGGUACUACUGGUUGAAAAAUUAGAAGGUCUAGAAUUUACCAUUAUGGGUAUUACCGAUGGAGAACAUACUGUUUUUUCACCAGCCUCUUAUGAUUAUCCCUAUCGCUAUGAACAAGAUAAGGGUGCGGGAACGGGUGGAAUGGGUUGUUUUACAGAUAUCACGCCACACUUACCAUUUAUGACCGAAAAGCAGUACGAAGAAUGUACCCAUAUUAUGUCUGAGGUUCUUAAGGAUCUAAAGGCACAAGGACUCCAUUUUAAUGGUGUGCUUAAUGGUGGUUUUUUUGUAACAGAGCAAGGUAUAAAAUUUAUGGAAUUUAAUGGUCGCUUUGGAGAUCCAGAAGGGAUUAAUAUUCUAUCGAUUUUAGACUCUAAUUUUUCUAAGAUUUUAGAAGCGAUCUAUCAUCAAAAUUUAUCAGAAAACGAUGUUGUCUUUAAGCAGCAAGCAAGUGUUGUGAAAUAUCUCGUGUCACCAUCCUAUCCUGAAAAGGGUGAUCCAAUUCGUUUCGAGUUACCCAUUGAGCAAUUUGAAUCUGAAGGCUUGUCCGUUGUUUUCUCUUCUGCGAUUCGUAAUGAAAAUGGAGACUAUCAGACAGUUUCAUCAUCGCGAGUCGUUGGUAUUAGUGGUGUUGGUGAUAGCGUUCCGGAAGCGUCAGACAGGAUAAAUACUUGUAUUGAUCGUUAUUUUUCAGGUGGUUUAGAGUAUCGACGUGACAUAGGAUCUGCUGAAGAAAUUGAAAGGCUUAAGCAGGUGUUUUGA